GUGCGUGGGGGGGAACCUUGAAUCCCCCGGAACGAAAGAGCGCGGGCAGCGGUUCCCCGGGGGGAGCGGAGAGCGUGGACGGACCUCACCAAGAUGGCGGCCCCCGCGCGGUGGAGCCACGUGUGGGUGGGGGCCGAGACCGGAGCGCUUAAAGGCGUGAACCUGCAGAAGCGGCAGGCCACCAACUACACCGGGGGGGGGGCGUUGAGCCGCGGGGAGGGCGUCUGCGCCCUGUGCUGGGGGGACCCGGCCGAGACCGAGGUCCUGGUGGGGUGCCUGGACCGCUCGGUGAAGCUUUUCAGCACCGAGAAGGGGAAAUUCACCGAGAGCCGGCUCUGCCCCGGUGGUGACGGCGCCUUCUGCGGGCUGGCGGCUCACGGCAGCACCCUGAUCACCUGCGUCGAGUCGGGGCUGCUCAAGGCGUGGCGCGAUGACGCGGCGGAGAACCUGGAGCUGCAGGCGGGCUCGGGGCUGUGCCGCAUGCGCCAGGACCCGGCCCGGCCUCACCGCCUGGCCACCGGCGGCAAGGAGAACGCCCUCAAAAUUUGGGACCUGCAGCGCCCGGAGGAGCCGGUCUUCCGUGCUAAAAACGUCAGGAACGAUUGGCUCGACCUCCGCGUCCCCGUCUGGGACCGCGACCUCCAGUUCCUGCCGGCCUCCGACAAGGUGGUUACGUGCACGGCGCACCGCCAGGUGCGGCUCUACGACCCCAGCACCCCGCAGCGGCGCCCGGUGCUGGAGGUCACCUUCGGCGAGUCCCCGCUCACUGCCCUCUCCCUGGCGCCUGGAGCCACCUCCGUCGUGGUGGGCAGCGCCCGUGGGGAGGUGGCCGUCAUUGACCUGCGCCAAGGGAGGGUGCUGAAGUGCCUGAAGGGCUUCGCGGGCAGCGUGCGGGGGCUGCAGUGCCACCCCUCCCUCCCCCUCGUGGCCUCCUGCGGCCUCGACCGCUUCCUCCGCGUCCACGACCUGGGCGACAAGCGGCUGCGCCACAAGGUCUACCUAAAAUCCCGCCUGAACUGCCUGCUGCUCAGCACCCAGCAGGACUGGGAGGAAGCCCCGGCGGCGCCGGCCGAGGUGAAGGAGGAAGAGGAGGGCGACGCGCUCUGGGACUCGAUGGAGACCGUCCCCACGUCAGAGCCCGAGCGGGGCCGGGCCAAACGGGCCAAGAAACGGAAAAGCUCCGGGCCGUGACCCCCCCCCCGCCAAAACUUAACCCCAAACUGAACUGUGCCCCCCCCCUUUCCUUGGGGCUUCCCCCCCAACCCCUCCCUGGAUGCGGGUUUGCUGCUGUGCAGCAGAUAAAGACGCCCCCACCGCUCCCCUCUCA